AUGGUACUAUACUUUCGCAAAUUUUCGCUUAUUUGGCUAAUGGUAGUAUUAUCAGAUGUGAAAGCCGAUUCUAAUUUAACAAUUAAUUCUUACGAUCCUGAAUAUGGAGUAUACAUUGGUGAAAUGCCUGAUCCAUCAGAUGCAGAUAUUAAAGGACGAGUGUAUGUAGUGAAUGAAACAACUUUACAGAUCAUCAACUUUACUUACAAUGGAAAAGCACCAGAUUUAUAUUUCUGGCUAGAUCGAAGCGAUACACCAACUGUUGAUGGUCUUAAGAUUCCAUCAUUUGAGUUCGGGAUUGCUCCUAUUGGUCCGUACAAAAAUGCAGAAAGAGUGGUACUGGUACUUCCUGACCUUCAUAAAAUUACUGCAUUCAAAAGUUUUUCUCUAUUUUGCUAUAAGUUUGAGCACAACUUUGGUACAGUUCUGAUUCCUGAUACUUUGAUAAUCCCGAAACCACAAUUUUUAAGUAGUGAACUGCGUGGUAGCAGAUACAAUGUACGCUCGGGACCAAUUUUGAUAAUUGAUAGAAGAACAAUUAAGAUUUUUGCAUUCACCUUUGAUGGUGAUAAAGCACCAGAUGGUUAUUUUUUUGUUGGUCGAGGAUCAAAUGUUGCGCAUGAUUCUGGAGUGAAAGUACCAAUACGUGGAAGAGAUACGGCUGAGUUGAUAACUGCAAUGAAUGAGCGAUAUAGUGGUGGAAAAGAUAUAAUAAUUGAUUUGCCAAUGGAAUACGAUAUUAAUCAUAUUGAUUGGUUAUCUAUUUAUUGCUACAAAUUUCGCGUUAAUUUUGGGCAUGUACCGAUAUCAAAUAUUUCUCAAAGGAUACCACCUUAUGUACCUCCACAAAAACAAUUCGACGAUAUUGAGUUUUCCAAGAUUGACGGUUGGCCACUAAUUUCAUUGUUAGGGACAGAAGAUCGUAUGAAUUUCACAUUCCAGUUGGGACCACCAGGUGGUCGUCGAGGUUAUCAGUUUAUGGCUCACGCAAGACCAGCAAAAUAUGUAUGGUAUGUAAAUGGUUAUUUGGCUGAUAUCUAUCUGAAACGAGGUGUUACAUACACUUUCAAUGUUGAAGGUGGCAAUGAUAAAUCUACUAGUGAUUUUUAUAAUCCGCUGUAUAUAUCAGAUGAUCCAUUUGGUGGGUAUGCUAAAUUAUCAUAUGAUGAACGAGAGCAAGUUAAAGUGGUAGCAGGGCAUAAUCCAGAUGAGACUGCUGGUCGUCUAUGCUUAUGGUCACAUGAUAAUGGUGAUGAGGUGGAUGCUGAUAAAUUUGAUAGCUUUAUAGAAUAUCGCCGUUCCCUUAAAUUGAAAUGUAUUGAAACAUCUAAAGCAGCAUCUUUUCAAUUCACACCAUCAGCUGAAACACCUGAUACUUUGUACUACCAGAGUUAUUCAACUUAUAAUAUGGGAUGGAAAAUUCACAUAGUUGAUGAAUUACCAAAAAAUAUAGCUGAUUUUGUAGAAGAACCAUAUCAGUAUGAUAUUUGGCUGCAACAACAUAAUUUGCUCAAUGCUCGAGAAGGAUCACCAUCCAGAGCGCAAUCAUCAUUUAAAAUUAUUUCGCACAUUUUUAUCUUAAUAUUAAGUUUUAUGAUAUUUAUGGUUUCUAUUGCUAUAAUACAAUGA